ACUUCCGCGCGCCGCCGUAAACGUUAGUGUCGGGCGCGUACGGCGGCAGUGAGGUUCGCUAUUAAAGUUUGGUCUUUGUUGCCUUUUGCCAGCUAUGGAGAGUGAUUUCUAUCUGCGUUACUAUGUGGGUCACAAGGGCAAAUUCGGCCACGAAUUCCUGGAGUUUGAGUUCCGGCCGGACGGGAAAUUGAGAUACGCCAACAACAGCAAUUACAAAAAUGACGUCAUGAUCAGAAAAGAGGCUUAUGUACAUAGAAGUGUGAUGGAGGAACUGAAAAGAAUAAUUGAUGACAGUGAAAUUACCAAAGAGGAUGAUGCUCUGUGGCCUCCUCCUGACCGAGUGGGCCGGCAGGAGCUUGAAAUUGUCAUUGGAGAUGAACAUAUUUCUUUCACAACAUCAAAAAUUGGUUCCCUUAUUGAUGUCAAUCAAUCCAAGGAUCCAGAAGGCUUACGAGUAUUUUAUUAUCUUGUCCAGGACCUGAAGUGUUUGGUCUUCAGUCUUAUUGGAUUACACUUCAAGAUUAAGCCAAUCUAGAUUGAAUAUUGGUGUGGACACAAGGGGGGUGGGAGUGCCGCUUCUAAUUACCAUUAUCAAGACAUUUUUGUGUAUAUCAGGGCAGUAUUUUUUUUAUAAACUAUAAAUGAUUGUCUUAAAUAAAUACGUAACAAAA